CGGGAGUCGGUCUUCGAAAACGUUCAAACCCAAGAAGAACAUCCCCGAAGGCUCCCAUCAGUACGAACUCUUGAAGCAUGCGGAAGCGACUCUGGGGAGCGGCAACCUUAGGCAAGCGGUGAUGUUGCCGGAGGGAGAGGACCUUAACGAAUGGAUCGCAGUUAACACCGUGGAUUUCUUCAACCAAAUCAACAUGCUGUACGGGACCAUCACGGAGUUCUGCACGGAGGUGAGCUGUCCGGUCAUGUCUGCUGGACCGAGGUACGAGUACCACUGGGCGGACGGCACCAACAUCAAGAAGCCCAUCAAGUGCUCGGCCCCAAAGUACAUCGACUACCUGAUGACGUCACGUUGGUGUGUUCCAGGUGUCCCUUUUCCCAAGAACUUCAUGUCAGUGGCCAAGACGAUCCUGAAGCGGCUGUUCCGGGUGUAUGCCCACAUCUACCACCAGCACUUCGAUUCCGUCAUGCGGCUGCAGGAGGAGGCGCACCUCAACACCUCCUUCAAGCACUUUAUCUUCUUCGUGCAGGAAUUCAACUUGAUCGACAGGCGGGAGCUGGCUCCUCUGCAGGAACUGAUUGAGAAGCUGGGCUCCAAGGACAGAUAAACCUUCCCUGGGAGGACCC